CCACUUGGCAGACAUAUACCACACAUACUCCCCGGGGGAUUCAUACUUAAACACCGGUGCAUCACUCAUGGGCAUCGAGAUGAGGUGCCAGGGCAGGACGAUCCUGCUGCCCAGCCUGCUCGUGAUCAUCCUCAUGAUCGGCGGUGUCCAGGCCACCAUGAAGUUGUGCGGCCGCAAACUGCCCGAAACUCUGUCCAAACUUUGUGUGUAUGGCUUCAAUGCGAUGACAAAGAGGACUUUGUACCCCGUGAACUUCAACCUAAUCGAUGGCUUCGAGGACCGUUCGCUGCUGGAAAGACUGCUGAGCGACAGUUCGGUGCAGAUGCUCCAGACUCGACGUCUCCGGGAUGGAGUCUUCGACGAGUGUUGUCUGAAGUCCUGCUCCAUGGAGGAGGUGCUGCGGUAUUGUGCUUCCAAGCCCAGAACGUAAACCUCUACCAAAGCAAAGACGACACCUGCGAUAAGUGAAAGGACUGCAAGGACAGAAAGGACACGCCUGGGGAAAGCACUCACGUAUUCAUAGUUGUUAAGUCGUUAGCGAAGCCUACUCAAUUCCAAUUUUGGAUUUAUGAUAUAUAUGCACAUGUAAGUGGGAUGUAUGCGCAUAAUUUACGAUCUGAAAUCAGAGACAGGCACGCGAAUUGAAUCGGAACACGGGAUGUUAUAUGCAUGUAGAUAUAUGAUGGUGCAGGGCCAGAAUACAUCGCCUGGGUAUAAAUUAUGAAAUAAAUUAUGUAUUCAAACUGCUGCAGAUUGGCCAACUUGAUU